AUGACUGCGAAUUGCACAAGCUACUACAGCGCAGAAAAUGCUUUUGUGAAUGGCUUUUUGUGCCCUAAAGCGGGAAGCGGUGCCCGCGCGGUAUUCUGCUGCGGAUUUAACGAUAUCAAGUAUUGCUGUGAUGACCCCAACAGUUUUUUCCCCUACGAGUAUGCAUACAUGUGGUGGCUUAGCGUCGGGGCCCUGAUAGGUCUGUCCAUAGCAGCAGUGGUCCUGCUGGCCUUCCUCAUCACAGUCUGUGUCCUCUGCUACCUCUUCAUCGCCACCAAGCCCAGUCGCCUUGACAACGGCCUGCCACUCAGAACACCAGGAGUGGUUCCCAUUCCCAGUGAGGAACCCAGCAGUCACUCCGGUGCGCGGCCUCCCAGUGGUCCCCAGGGCUUCAGGAAGUGCUUCCUCAGCCGGAAGCUGGACUGUGACAACCAGCCUCCCGACCCUGAGAGACUGUUCCAGAAGGGCUUCAUGGCAACCGUCACAACUGUCAACAUGGAGGGCCCUUCUUAGGAGCACUUGGAAGGACCCCUUAUAAGGGGGCCAGAUGUCCACUUGUUUUGGAAUGAGUGUGUAAAAGGACCAAUGAAUCACAAAAAGGAUCCUUUUCAACCUGUCAGUCACACAUACUGUACAGUUAAAGUCUGAAGUUUACAUUCACCUUAGCCAAAUACAUUUAAACUCAGUUUUUCACAAUUCCUGACAUUUAAUCAGAGUAAAUAAUCCCUGUCUUAUGUCAGUUAGGAUCACCACUUUAUUUUAAGAAUGUGAAAUGUCAGAAUAAUAGUAGAGAGAAUGAUUUAUUUCAGCUUUUAUUUCUGUCAUCACGUUCCCAGUGGGUCAGAAGUUUACAUACACUCAGUUAGUAUUUGGUAGCAUUGCCUUUAAAUUGUUUAACUUGGGUCAAACGUUUCGGGUAGCCUUCCACAAGCUUCCCACAAUAAGUUGGGUGAAUUUUGGCCCAUUCCUCCUGACAGAGCUGUUGUAACAGAGUCAGGUUUGUAGGCCUCCUUGCUCGCAAGCGCUCUUUCAGGAUUGAGGUCAGGGCUUUGUGAUGGCCACUCCAAUACCUUGACUUUGUUGUCCUUAAGCCAUUUUGCCACAACUUUGGAAGUAUGCUUGAGGUCAUUGUCCAUUUGGAAGACCAAUUUGCGACCAAGCUUUAACUUCCUGACUGAUGUCUUGAAAUGUUGCUUCAAUAUAUCCACAUCAUUUUCCACCCUCAUGAUGCCAUCUAUUUUGUGAAGUGCACCAGUCCCUCUUGCAGCAAAGCACCCCCACAAGAUGAUGUUGCCACCCCCAUGCUUCACGGUUUGGGGUGGUGUUCUUCGGCUUGCAAGCCUCCCCCUUUCUC